AUGAGGUUUAGAAACGAGAUUCUGGUUACAUUGGGCCUGCUUGGAGUGACUGAAGCCAGCCUGGGCCCAGUCAAUGCCGCGAAGCAUGUUACCCAACAGGAUUCAGUCGCGAAGAGACCUCCAAACUUCCUCUUUAUUAUGUCUGAUGACCAAGAUCUCCUAUUGGACUCGCUAUCCUAUUCACCGUUGACUAUGAAGCAUAUGAGGGACAAGGGAACCACCUUCAAUAACCAUUUUGUGACCACUGCCCUCUGCUGUCCGUCAAGGGUUAGUUUGUGGACAGGACGUCUGGCACACAACACGAAUGUUACAGAUGUCCACCCACCAUGGGGCGGAUACCCCAAGUUCGUUGAGGGGGGGUUCGAUAAGAGCUUUCUCCCCGUGUGGUUGCAAGAAGCGGGUUACGACACUUACUACACAGGGAAGCUGAUGAAUGCACACUCCAUCGAGAGCUAUGCCAGUCCACACGUCUCUGGCUUCAACGGAUCUGACUUCCUCUUGGAUCCCUACACGUAUGACUAUAUGAAUGCCACUUACCAGCGGAACCACGACGCUCCAGUCAGUUAUUUAGGAAGACAUACAACCGAGGUACUGACGGAGAAGGCCAUGGGAUUCUUAGAAGAUGCUCUUGCUGGAGAACGUCCAUUUUUCCUGGCCGUGUCGCCAAUCGCACCCCAUUCCAACAUGAAUGGAACAUACGGUGCCGGAAGUGGACCUUUGUGGAUGGAUGAGCCUAUCCCGGAGGACCGCCACAAACACCUUUUCCCUGAGGCUAAGGUGCCUCGGACGGCUAACUUCAACCCAAAGGAGCCUACUGGUGUUAGUUGGAUCCAUGACCUUCCAUUUAGAAACGAAACCGAGGUCGACUAUAAUGACCAUUACUAUCGCCAACGGCUCCGUGCGCUACAGGGUGUGGAUGAACUCGUUGAUAGUCUUGUUACUCGAUUGGAGCAGAGUGACAAGCUUGACAAUACUUACAUUAUUUAUACAUCGGAUAAUGGCUUUCAUAUUGGACAGCAUCGUCUUCCCCCGGGAAAGACAUGCGGGUUCGAUGAGGACAUCCGAGUCCCAUUUUUCAUGCGAGGCCCUGGGAUCCCAGAGGGAGCAGUGGAAGACGCUGUCAGCACCCAUAUCGACCUGGCUCCGACCUUCUAUGAAUUGGCUGGCAUUCCCCUGAGGGAUGAUUUCGAUGGUGCUCCUAUGCGCAUUCUAGGAGAUAGCAUGGGAACUCUGCAUGAGCAUGUCACCGUUGAAUACUGGGGACAGGCGAUGCUUGAGGGAGGAUUAUCCAACCUUGGUAAACCAACGGUGCCGAACAACACGUACAAGGCUGUCCGUAUAUUGAGUGAAGAGUACAACCUCUAUUAUUCGAUAUGGUGCAACAACGAACACGAGCUUUAUGAUCUUACGAGUGAUCUGCAUCAAAUUAACAACCUGUAUGCGAACGUGCGGGCAGAUAGAUCGCCUGAAACCCAAAUCAUGGGAUACAGCCUUUCGAAAGUAGUUCAAAGGCUUGAUGCCCUCCUUUUGGUAUUGAAGUCCUGUAAAGGGGCUUCUUGCAUCGAACCAUGGAAUGUGUUGCAUCCCGAUGGAUCCGUGCAUAACCUCCGCGAUGCCCUGAAUGAGAAGUACGAUGCUUUCUACCAUUCUCAGUCCAAGGUGUCAUUCGACCGAUGUGAGUAUGCAUAUAUCAUUGAUGCAGAGGGCCCUCAACAAGCACUGCCGUAUAGAAAUGGAUACAGUCUGGAUGCGUGGGUAUGA